AUGACUGAUGUGUGGGGGGAUAACUUUUCUAAGUUGUUUUUAUUUCCAGGUUUCAAUGUAAUUAGGCUACUGAGCGGAUCAGCUGUAGCUCUGGUAAUAGCCCCUACUGUAUUACUGACAGUGCUUUCUUCUGCUGAACGAGGAUGCCCUAAGGGCUGUAGGUGUGAAGGCAAAAUGGUAUAUUGUGAAUCUCAGAAAUUGCAGGAGAUUCCCUCAAGUAUAUCUGCUGGUUGUUUAGGUUUGUCCCUUCGAUAUAACAGCCUCCAAAAACUAAAAUACAAUCAAUUUAAAGGUCUUAAUCAACUCACCUGGCUCUAUUUAGACCAUAACCACAUCAGCAAUAUUGAUGAAAAUGCUUUCAAUGGAAUACGCAGACUAAAAGAGUUGAUCUUGAGUUCCAACAGAAUCUCCUAUUUUCUUAAUAAUACCUUCAGACCUGUGACAAAUCUCCGGAACUUGGAUCUGUCAUACAAUCAGCUGCAGUCUCUGGGAUCUGAACAGUUCAGGGGCUUAAGGAAGCUGCUGAGUUUACAUUUGCGGUCCAAUUCCCUAAGAACCAUCCCUGUUCGAAUAUUUCAAGACUGCAGGAACCUCGAACUGUUGGACCUGGGUUAUAAUCGGAUCCGAAGUUUAGCAAGGAAUGUCUUUGCAGGCAUGAUCAGGCUGAAAGAGCUUCACCUGGAGCACAAUCAAUUUUCUAAGCUCAACCUGGCACUUUUUCCAAGGCUAGUCAGCCUUCAAAACCUUUAUUUGCAGUGGAAUAAAAUCAGUGUGAUAGGACAAACUAUGUCCUGGACCUGGAGCUCAUUACAAAGACUUGAUUUAUCUGGCAAUGAAAUAGAGGCUUUCAGUGGACCUAGUGUUUUUCAGUGUGUGCCCAAUUUACAGCGCCUCAACCUGGAUUCAAACAAGCUCACGUUUAUUGGUCAAGAAAUUUUAGAUUCUUGGAUAUCCCUCAAUGACAUCAGCCUUGCCGGGAAUAUAUGGGAAUGCAGCAGAAACAUUUGCUCUCUGGUAAACUGGCUUAAAAGUUUUAAAGGGCUGAGGGAAAAUACAAUUAUUUGUGCCAGCCCUAAAGAGCUACAAGGGGUGAAUGUUAUUGAUGCAGUGAAAAAUUACAGCAUCUGUGGCAAGAGUACCACAGAAAGGUUUGAAUUAGCACGAGCUCUCCCAAAGCCAACAUAUAAACCAAAACUCACCAGGCCUAAACAUGACAGCAAGCCCCCUCUGCCCCCAACCAUUGGAGCCACUGAACCAAGCUCCGAGCCCGAGCACGACGCAGAACACAUCUCCUUCCACAAAAUCAUAGCGGGCAGCGUGGCCCUCUUCCUCUCUGUGCUUGUGAUCCUGCUGGUGAUCUAUGUGUCAUGGAAGCGGUACCCAGCCAGCAUGAAGCAGCUGCAGCAGCGCUCUCUCAUGCGAAGGCACAGGAAAAAGAAAAGGCAGUCGCUGAAGCAAAUGACUCCGAGCACGCAGGAAUUUUAUGUAGAUUACAAACCCACCAACACUGAAACCAGUGAGAUGCUGCUGAAUGGAACAGGACCCUGCACGUAUAACAAAUCAGGCUCCAGGGAAUGUGAGAUACCAUUGUCUAUGAAUGUGUCAACAUUUCUUGCCUAUGAUCAGCCCACAAUAAGUUACUGUGGUGUACAUCAUGAACUGCUUGCUCACAAGCCCUAUGACUCAAAUUCCCAGGAAGAAACAGUGGAAACGCACUUAGAAACUGAUCUGGAUCUGAGCACAAUAACAACAGCAGCACGAAUCAGUGAACACAGUCAGCAGCUGGCUUAA